AUGUGGGCCAUUACGCUGCUCCUACUUGCAGGUGUCGCCCGAGCGGCUAUCCCGAAUGCCAUGCUCCGUGGCAUGCCUUUUCUCCCAAAAAUCCCAGUGCCAGAACGUCAUGUCACUUCACCGGAUGGUACAGCACUCCCACCACUUACGACGGUCUAUUACUUUGACCAGCUCAUCGAUCACAAUGAUCCAAGUCUCGGAACCUUCCGUCAGCGAUACUGGAUGGACUGGGAGUUUUAUGAGCCCGGUGGUCCCAUCAUAUUGAUGACACCUGGAGAGUCUGACGCAGAUGGUUACGAAUCCUAUACUACCAAUCUCACCAUCAAUGGCCUCAUUGCUCAACAACAGAAAGGUGCAGCUAUCCUUAUCGAACACCGUUUCUUCGGCUAUUCCAAUCCAUACGACAACCUCACCUCACAAUCUCUCGCUCUCCUCACCAUCCAGCAGGCCGUUGAUGAUCUCGUGUAUUUCGCCACCAAGGCCGACCUUCCGAUGCCUGGGGGUAAUGCUGUGAAGCCAGGCCAGGCGCCAUGGAUCCUGGUCGGAGGGAGCUACUCGGGAGCCCUCACCAGUUGGACGAUGGUCAACAAACCGGGAAUUUUCUGGGCUGGAUAUGCAUCUUCGGCUGUCGUGGAAACGAUUGUUGACUACUAUGGUUAUUUUACCCCGAUUCGCAACUACAUGCCAAAAAAUUGUUCUUCCGAUGUAGAGGCAGUUAUUGCCCACCUGGAUAAGAUGCACGCAGCUCAUGACACCUCUGGAAUCCAGACGCUCAAGGAAGCAUUUGGUCUUGGCAGUCUUACACAUGUAGACGAUUUUGCAGCUGCACUUCAAUACAACCUGUUUAACUGGCAAGAUCUACAACCUUUUAGUGGCCGAGGAGCACUGUUCUUCCAAUUCUGUGAUGCACUUGAGGUCAAGGACGGUGUCGUUGCGGGACCUGAAGGAUGGGGACUUGAAAACGCCAUCUCCUCUUGGGGUAACUUCUGGAAUACCACAUAUUACAACCAUGUCUGUAACAACCAGGAUGCUGAGGACUGUAUUGGGACGUACGACACGAGCCAGUCCUACUGGACAAAUGUUACCGUGAAUAACGUCAACAGGUCGUGGUUCUGGAUGGUGUGCAACCAAAUCGGAUUCUACCAAGUUGGCCCUCCUAAAGGUCAGCCUGCCAUCGUGAGCCGCAUCCUCCAACCCAUUUACGACGAGCGCCAAUGCGUCAACAUGUUCCCUGAAACCUUCACCUCUCCACCUGUGCCUGCCACGGCAGAGACCAACACAGUAUAUGUUGGCUGGAACGUAGAUAUCCCACGUCUCUUCUUCGCGAACGGACUGCGUGACCCGUGGCGCGAGUCAACUGUGUCUGCUGAUGGGCUGAGGAAGCCCAAUAGUACCGGCAUGCCGAUCUACGAGUCCGAUGGAUUCCAUACAUCAGACUUGAUCACGGGGAGUGGUAUUGUCGACCCUUCAAUCGCCGUCGUACAAAAAGCAGCAUUAAUGUACAUGAAGGAGUGGCUUGCUGAGUGGAAGCCUUCCACAUAG